CGCCUUGCUGCUAGUGCCAUCAGCAAGGCCAACCUUGUUCAGUUCAACCAUUGUAAGAUGGAGUUGGCCAAUGGGACCACAGUCCAGGAAUUCAUUUUGCUGGGAUUUGGAGUUGGGCAGGGCAGGAAGUUCCUGCUCCUCGCCUUUUUCACUGUCCUCUAUGUGCUCACGUUGGCCGAGAACAUCACCAUCAUCACACUGGUGUUCUUCGAUGUCCACCUGGCCCGUCUGCCCAUGUACAUCCUGCUGAGCAACUUCUCCUGGCUAGAGAUGUGCUAUGUGUCCACCACUGUGCCCCGGAUACUCUUCGACCUGGCGCUCCCAUAUGGGGUCAUCUCCUUCCAUGCCUGCUUCCUCCAGUUCUAUAUGUUCUUCUCACUCGGCUACACUGAAUGCUUCUUCCUCUCUGCUAUGGCCUUGGAUCGGUACUUGGCCAUCUGUCACCCACUGCGUUACCCACAAAUUAUGUCUCCAAAUUCCUGCUUCACCCUGGUGGCCUCUUGUUGGGUCCUUGGUUUCUUGGGAUCCAUUCUCCCAGUUGCCUUGAUCUCCAGGUUGUCCUUCUGUGGAUCCAACAUCAUUGAUCAUUUUGUGUGUGAUCCUGGACCCCUUCUGUCUCUGGCCUGCCCCCCACUCAGAAAUGCUGCCUCUGUCUGCCAGUUUGCCAUGAACGUUCUGAUUAUCAUAGGCAACUUAUUCUUUGUCCUGCUCUCCUACGGCACCAUAGUUCUCACACUGGUGAAAUCCUCUGGCCGAGGGAGUCGUAGAAAGGCCUUCUCCACCAUAUCUUUCCACUUAGUGGUGGUGACACUUUUCUUCGGGUCAGUGGCAGGGAUGUAUGUAACUCCAGAUGGAGAAAGCCAGUCAGAAGUCACAAAGGCGGUGACAGUUUUCUACACGGCCAUUACCCCUUUUCUUAACCCUUUGAUCUACUGUCUGAGGAACGAUCAGGUGAAAGAGGCCCUGGGCAGGUUGCUGAGGAGAAAGGAGAGAGAGCCAAGGGGAAAGGUGGCAGUGUAG